AUGAAAAUGGGAUCAAGAUGGGAUACGCUGCCGCCAGCAUUACAGCUCCUAGAUCUACACAAAAUUAAACGCCACGAUUUAUACGAGCAGGCUGUGAUGGAUAUUUCUGACGAUGUGGUCGCUCGAAUUCGUGCGCUUGGCGAAAAUGGUUCAUCUGAAUCAAUCAAGAAACUUGAAGAACAGUUGGAAAACUUUUUCGACAUGUUCCCACCUCCGCAGUUUCGUCCGAUUGUGUUGGAAAAUGUUAAACAACUACCGAAAAUACCGGAAAACUGUCUUGAUACAAUUAUGGAUGACAAGGGUUUCCAUAAUGCUUGUCAGAUAACGGUGCAGCAGUAG